AUGUCGGACGAAGAAUACUCCAUCUACGACGAAGUCGAAAUCGAAGACAUGACCUACGACCCGGCUCUGCAGACGUAUUCGUACCCCUGCCCAUGCGGCGACAAGUUCGAGAUUGCGCUCGCCGACCUCCAGGACGGUCAGGACAUUGCCGUUUGCCCGAGCUGUAGCUUGAUGGUUAGGGUCAUUUUUGAGCUUGAUAACCUCCCUAAGGCCCCGGAUGCCGCGGCGCCUAUUGCUGUUUCUGCUUAA